GUUAGGAAACACAGGUCAUAUUUAUGUGACUGCUGCUGUCAUUGUGUGGAAGACGUCUAUUUUUAAGUUAAAACAUAUACAGCUGACAAUGAAUGAAUGAAAUUAGGCGCUGUAACCGACAAGGCUGAAGUCUCCACUGUCCAUCCAGUCAAGAGAGCGGUCAGUUUAUGAUUCAGCACAUUAUGGUGCGUCACAGCAAACUCCAGAAGCAGGUAUUAGCACUGUAUCGACAGUUUCUGCGGGCUGCACAGGACAAACCCGGCUUCAUACCCAGAAUACGAGAUGAAUUUCGCACCAAUGCAGCCAUCAAGAAGACGGACGUCAUGCACAUAGAAUACCUUUAUCGCCGAGCUCAGCGCCAGCUUGAACUGCUUAAAGAUGCAAACACAAAACAACUGGGAUCAUUCAGCAAGUGGAAAGAAGACAGUUGACCACUCUCUCGGUCAUGUAAUCUUUUCUGCUUUGUAAAAAUAUUGAUGGGAAAUCACCUUCUUGGCUGGAGCCUUCAUAAAAAGCCAAGACCAACAAGGUUCUCACUAUUCUCAGGGAUGUUUACAACAUGGAUUCAUGUUUUAGGUGACAACUCAUUACUGUUUUUUUUUUACAGUGUUCUAGUUUGUAACCAAGAUUCUUUGCUGCUACAUGACUAUACUCCAUUACACUUGUAUCAUUACUGACUAAAAUAUCUUCAAAGUUACUUUUGCUUGGCACGGUGUAAAUGUUUAUCUGUUUGUGGCAGCAGUUAUCUGUUGUACAGGUAGUAUAAUGAAGUGUUUAUGAACAUUCAUUUAUUUGUUUUGUCUGCUUCAAUGCUGUAAAACUAUAAUAACAGAAAAAA